GCGGCGGCUGCCCCCUGUCGGGCCGCAGCGACAACAGCGCCCCCGCCGCCGGCCGCGGCCGCCAUGAGGCCCGCGCUGGUGGGCUACAGCAGCUCGGAGGAGGAGCAGGAGCAGGAGCGGGAGGGGGAUGGCGAUGGCGAUGGCGGGCAGCGGAGCCUCCGGGCCAGCGCCGGCCGCCCGCGCCUGCCCGCCCCCGCCGGCCUGCCGGGCGAUCCCGACCCGGAGGAGGCCGCUACCGACGACAGCUCCCGGCACGGCGGCCGCGUCCGCGGCUUCCCCCACGAGCGGGGCAACUGGGCCACACACGUGUACCUGCCGUACAGAGCCGAGGAGGAAUUCCUGGAGCUGCUGGAGCUGCUGCUGUCCCACGCCCGUGGCUACGUGUCCUCGCUGGCAGCCAUGGAGCAGUUCCACCUCAGCCUCUCGCAGUGCGUGGUGCUGCGCUACCACUGGAUCGAGCCCUUCGUCCGCUCCCUCAAGGAGCACCUGGCGCCCUUCCACAGGUUCUUCUGUGUGGCUGACCAAGUGAAGGUUUACACCAACCAGAACAAAACCAGGACCUUUAUUGGCUUGGAAGUCUCUGCUGGGCAUUUCCAGCUGCUGGAGCUGGUCUCAGAGGUGGACAGAGUUCUGGAGGAGUUUGACCUUCCCACAUUUUACAAGGAGCCGUCGUUCCACAUCAGCUUGGCCUGGUGCGUGGGGGACCUGUCUGCCAGGCUGCAAGGGCAGUGUCUGCAGGAGCUCCAGGACAUCGUGGACGGGUUUGAGGACUCGGCGCUGCUGCUGCGUGUGCAGUGGGAGCAAAUCCACUGCAAGUCAGGGAACAAGUACUUUUCCUUCCCCUUGAGGUAGGGGCUGGUGGGACUGUGCAUUUCAGAGCCUCCAACACCCUGAUGUUCAGCCACAGCCCAUUGUGCAGCACAGCCUGGAGCAGUGUGGGCUGUCACCCCACCUCCCACUCUCCUCUUGGGGUGUCUGUGACCUCAAGUCACUUCCAAGUUUGAGUUGCUGGCUGAAGAAACGUGUGUUUGGAGCAGGUUCCAGGCUGGCUGCUGGAUGUGCUGCUGUCAGCACCGGCGCUUCCAGCCAGCCCACGGCCACAAAGCUUGCUGAUGUCUUGAAAAGAGAAUGAAAAGACCUCUGUAAAAGCCAUAGAUGCCUUCUGGGGAGGAGGAAGGAGGUAGUGUGGGAAGCUGUUGCUCAAGGGAGAGUGUCUCACACACUGGGAAGUGCCACUGUCAGGAGGCUCUGAGCGUGUUUGGAGUAGCAGGAGGCGAGGACACGGAGCUGAACUCUCUCACUGGAGCAUCCCUCUACUGUAGACAAGCUCAGACAAGCUCUUGGGUCAUGUUCUGUCACAACAGCUGGUACCUCUGUGGAGAAAUGGCAGUAUCUGAUCCUCCUGCCAAGCAGCACAAGAUGAAAUCUGGAGGAGAGAGGCUGGGAAGCCCUUGUGUUUCGGUGCUCUGGGCUGGUUCUCACAAGCAGAGCUCUGGUUGAAGAUUGUGUAAGCCCAGCUGGGUGGACUGUUUCUCCUGAGGAUCUGGGGGUGAGCCCCAGAGAGGGCAGGGGCAGCCCUUGCCUGAGCUGGGAGGGCAGUGCCCUGGGGUGAGCCGAGGGCUGGCAGCUCCUGCCCUGGCUCCUGUGGAUGACCCUGGGGACAGGCUGGACAUUGUCCCGUGGGAGAAGCUCCUUUGCAGUCCUUGUGUUCCUGCUGGGAGGUCAGCUGCAGCCUCUUGCCUAUUGGCAGCAGGAGGCUGAUGUGUUGCCCUGAAUCUCUGACAAAACACUCUGGGACUUGUGAGCAGUAAAACAAUCCAUCUCCUCUCGUCAUA